AUGGAGACCCAUCCAUACACAUGCAACACUUGCCAGGUGGCCUUUCGCAGUAGCGAAGCGCAGAGAGGCCAUAUGCGAAGUGACUGGCAUCGAUACAAUUUAAAGCGUCGUGUUGCUACUCUGCCCCCCAUAUCAUCCGAGGUCUUUACCGACAAGGUGCUGAAUGCCCAGGCAUCCAACUCCGCUGCUGCCGCCAAAGCCACCUAUGAAAAGUCUUGUGCUGCAUGUCAGAAGACAUACUAUAGCGAAAAUGCAUUCCAAAACCAUGUAGGAAGCCAGAAACACCGGCAGCGAGAGGCCAUGCUGCGUAGAGAGGGUGGAAAGGACGAGACGGCAUCGGUUAUGAGUGGUACAUUCUCCAUGGGAGAUCCGAUCAACGAACGCAGCGAAACUGGCGAGCAUGACGUUGAACCCGGUGAACAAGAGUUCUCCGAAAUUAUUAGUGGGAUCAAGGGUACGAAGAUUGAUGCCCAUGAUCCACUACCUGUUCGUCCGCGCCGUCCCAGCCACACCACAGAGACAGAGCAGGCGAGCACCGACCGGAUAGAGAAAGAUGGAGAAAAAACGGAGAUAUCGCUUGCCCAAUGUUUCUUCUGCAACUACAAGUCGCCUAAUGUCAAACUCAAUGUUUUGCAUAUGGGAAAGUUCCAUGGCAUGUUCAUUCCUGAACAAGAGUAUCUCACUGACGGUGAAGGUCUUCUUGAAUACCUACAAGCAAAGAUCUACAAGAACAGUGAGUGCCUUUACUGCCAUAAGUUAAAGGCAACGCCAGAGGCUGUGCAGACACACAUGAGGGACAAGGGCCAUUGCAUGAUUGCCUUUGAAACAGAGGACGAACAGAUUGAGAUUGGCCAGUUCUACGAUUUCACAAGCACCUAUUCAGAUGACGAAGAGGUGGAGGGAGAGGAGGGGGGCGAGGAAGGGAAGGAAGCGCAGGAUGAUGGCUGGGAGACAGAUACUUCAGUUUCAUCACUCGACUCGGCUGAGAUUGGCGCUGAGCCCAUUGAUGAUCGAUCACAUCAAUACUCUAAACUCUCACGGCAUUCCCAUCACUCAAACACUGAUCCCCGCAAGCAUCGUAAUAUAGAUGGCUUUCAUUCGCAUGCACAUUCGCACGGCCAUGCUGCGUUUGUACAUGAUGGUGAACUCCACCUGCCAACUGGGCGCACUGCAGGCCACAGGUCCAAUGCCAAAUAUUUCCGCCAGAACUUGCACAACUAUCCUACCCCGGAAGAACGCUUGACCAGACAGCGUAUGAUUGAAGAAGCCGGUCCUGACGCUGAUGAAGAGGAGGAUGAGCAGUCUAAUAAUGCCAGCAAGAACCGUGCUCUUAUCUCUAGGGCUAACGGAGGUUUGGGCAUGAUUGGUGCUUCGGAGAGCCAGAAGAAGGAGGUUCGUGGAGCCGAGGUGAGAGAACGUCGACGAGCUGAUCGAUCUCGACGACAGUACGAAUGGAAAAUCAAUAAGGGAGCAAACAGUCAGAAACAUUUCAGGGAUCAUCUUCUCCAGUGA